UUAGAGGAAAUUCAAGAAAAAUAGUUUAAAAAAUACAAAAGCCUUUAAAAGUAUAUGAAUUUUCAAUAUUACAGUAAAUCGACUUUCAAUGCUUAGUAGUAAAUUGUAGGUUCAAGGCUCAGACUUUUCUGCUUGUCGUUGUGCAUGAAAAUUCGGUCCAUAAAGCCUCUAUACAGAAUUCAAAAUAAUUAUUGAUUGAUCAACUGUAUCUGUAACGAAGAUGGGCUCAGAACAGUCAAUGCCUCCCAAAAAGCAACCCCAGAGGCCACCAGUUAGAAGAGGUUACACCAUAGCUACUACCAAUUUGCAAGAAACUCGUAGAAGUGAUGCUUCAACAAGUGGCAACAAUUCCCCCGGAGCCAGCAUGUGCUCAGACUCGGAGUUACCAUACAUAUCCUAUACUGUUGAUAGACCUAUAGGAGAUUCACCAAAACAUUCAGCGAGGAAUCAAAAACCUAAUGACAAGAGGUCAUUGCUGCAGAGAAGGCAGCUGAGUCUGCAGGCACGGAAAACAAAACGGACUCGAGACAUUGUUGUUGUCAAAACUGCCACAGACACACAGCUGGAUGAAGAUAUACAGAGAUUGCAGGAAAUCCCAACAUUUUUACCGAUAAUGAGAGGAACACUUGGACUUCCUGGAGCAAGGGAUCCAGAAGUGCUUGAAGGUCUGGACUACGGUCCGUGGGUACGUCUGACGACGCGUCUGCAGGCGCAUCUAGCGGCGUGCGCGCAGCCCCUCGCCGCUGACGAAACCAACCUGGCCACUAAGAUCAAAGAGGCGGACGCGGAGAUAUCGCGGCUGUACGCGAUGGCGGUGGAGCGGCAGCGCGCCAACGCCCGCCACGCGGAGCGGCUGUCGCGGGUGCGAGAGGUGGCGCACCAGCUCACGCGCUGCACCUCUCUGCUCAAUCAGACUCUCCGCGACGUGGAGGAGUUGAACCAGCUGCUGCCCGAAGACAAGCGACUGGAGCCCUUCGUGUGGAACAACACGCAGCGAUGAUCGACUAAGAUAUGCGUGGCGACAUCGUAACGAUAUCGAAGUGCGAUUGUAAAGAGUAAUACAACGCGAUAUCGGAACGACAUAGAAA